GGAGGAUCUGGUGGCUGUCCCGUGGAGCAGAACUCCUGCUGUAGCAACCAGCCCUGACUUUGCCCAGGAACCAUCAGCAGCAGCCAGCAAGGAGAGCAUCCCAGAGAGCCCCAGCUCCACGGGGAAGCAGAGGAGGAAGAGGAAGCACAGAAGUGAAGCUGUCCAUUAGGGCCCCCCAGGAUGUGUUUUCACUGGGAGCAGCAGGCAAGGAGAUUCCACAGGGCUCCUGAGGGUGCUGAUUGGGACACGGGGGAGCUGUGCCUGCAGAGUGCCCAGUGCAAGAGCGGCUGCUGCCACCGAACCGACGGCCUCAGCCUGGCCCGCUGCGCCCCGAAGGCAGCUGAGACCCAGGAGUGCUCCCCAAAGAGCCUCUAUGGGGUCUACUACAAGUGUCCCUGUGAGAGAGGCCUGACCUGCGAGACCGACAGAACCAUCGUGGGCUCCAUCACCAACACCGACUUUGGGAUCUGCAUGGACCCCCACGAGUCCAGGAGGCGGUGAAGGAAGAGCCCCCCGUGCCCCUCUGCGCUGCCCCUGCCUUGCCCCCUCUCCUGGGUUUAGCUUUAGUGGGAGAAUUUGAAUAAAGACCAGCUUCUGCCGA